CCGUCGCCCCCGCCCCCCUGCAGCCCUAACGAAUCGAGCCGCUCCCCUCCCCGUUGUUCCCCCCUCUCCGCUGACCGCCGCCGAAACGCCACCGCCCGCCUCCUCCCCCUCCCCCUCCCGCCGCCGCCGCCCUCGCCUCCCCGCGAUUGGCCGUCCUACACCCCGCGUCCCGCUACUGGGCUGGCGUCCGCGGCGGUGGCGCGGAGUGGAGUGGAGAUCCGCCCGCGCUCGGGCUGGGCGCCUUCGCCAGGCGUAGGCAGUGUAAGGUAUCGUGAUUCCUGCUGGAUGAUCAGGAGCUGUAGUGCUUGUCUGAGUCUUACUGAGUUAUCAUCUCAGGAUCACUGCUGAGUACAGUUUCAGGAAGGAUUUUGUAAAUGCCACUUUUUGGAGUUACUGGCCUUUUGGUUUAGUCCUCAAGACUCUAGCUAGCAAUUAUCUAAAGAAACAAAUGAAAUGUUAAUCGCCACCAAGUUGGCGAAGUUGUCAGAAAACAGCAACUGAGGGAGAAACUUCACUGUAAUGCUAACAAUAGCAGUGCCCUGUCCAGAUCAUGACAAUCAGAGCCAGUAGCAACUGAACCUUAAGUAUCCACCAAGUUUGGCAAAACUGCUGGAACAAUAAUUGAGGGAGAAAACAUCGAUGCAACUUGUUGAUGCCCAAGAUUUCUGCAGUUGCUGCAUGAAUUAUUUUCUUGAGUUUCAGAAGAAUUUUUGCAAGAGGAAGGGGAACUUGCACUUGCAACUACUUGACAUCCAUAUCUUUUUCAGAAUAGUAAAGAAGGGACAGAAUGACUGGUGAUAGUAGGAGACAGCGUUCCAAGUGGGAUGCGAAAGAAGGAUCUCAUGAUAUAGUUGAGAUCAGUGAAGAUGAGUCUCUUCCUGAUAAGACCAUUGUUCAUCGCAAAGGUGGUGAUGUACACCCACAACCUGAUACCUCCAUGCACCACGGUGGUGCUGGACAUGAGAAGGAACAGGCUGAUGGGUUCAAUAAAGAUACCAAGGAAUUGCAACCUAAGGCACCCUCUGAAAGAUCACAGCCUCUUAGAGCAGCUGAUGAGCGUGAUAAUAACGAGUGGAGCAAAGCAGCUGGUAACCAAGGCAUGAACAGAUAUGCAGAUGACAGAAGACGCGGUGAUGGAUGGGGUACAGAUCGUAGUCGUGGUUAUUCUUCUAGGGUGCCUUCUGAUACAGAUGCAUGGAGGCCUCACAGUCGCAGUCCUUCUCCAAGAGGGGUUUGGAACAGAUCACGCAGGAAUAGAAGUCGUUCCAGAAGCAGAAGCAGAAGCAGAAACAGAAGUCGGAGCAGAAGCAGGAGUAUAGGGCGAGGCAGAGGCAGGAGCAGAAGUCCUUAUUUUGCUGAUCGUGGAUCUGAGUGGAGGGUUGAGAGAGGCAGAACAUCUGGAGGGCCUGCUCUUCCCUGCAGAGAUUUUGUGGCUGGUAGAUGCAGAAGAGGCUCGAAUUGCAGGUUCCUUCAUGAAGAUGGCGGGCACAAGCCAUUUGAAGAUCAUUAUCCUGCUGACCCAAGGGAAAGGUUUGGGUAUCAGAACAAGGAGUUUAUGGAUUCAAGAGAACCAAAUGACUAUUUGCGUAGUAGGCAAUCUCGAGAUCAUUACGAUGAUGGGCUGUGGGAAAUAUCUGAACCCCGAAGAGAUUAUCGGUCUACUGAACAAUGUUAUAAUUUUGCCAAAGGGAGAUGUGCAAGAGGUGCUAGUUGCCGAUUUGCUCAUGGUGAUUCUGGUUCUCAUGGUGGAUGGAGAGAUGAGGCUAGGGAAAGUGCCCAUGAUAGAGGUGGUCCUGAUUCAUCCUAUGGAAAUAGGACUGAGCAUCGUAGGGUAAAUAAAAACCCUUGUAAGUUUUUUGCUGAAGGUCGAUGUCGCCGUGGUGAAAGUUGUCCAUAUCUCCACGAGGAAGCCCCCCAGAGUCGGAUAGGAGUAAGUGCACCUGAUGAGCCUUUGAAUUACAGUGACGGGCGUUCAGCAAGAGGAAACUACUCAAACUGGGGUGAACAAAAUAAUGCUAUGCAUGCAACUUCUCAGAUUUUAUCCAGGGAUGACAGGGAAAAUCCUGUUUCUCAGAGUAUUGGCAGAAAUGAUUCUCGUUUUGAGUAUGAAAGCCGGCAUUCAAAAAAUGCUGGAAAGAGCCAGUUCCAGAUUAUUCCUCAGGAAGCUUUUGGUUCACAAGUGGAAAAUAAACGUGAAGUUGCUGUUUCACAACAGCCACAGCUAUUAGCUCCUGUCCAGACUACUGCAGAUAACAUGAAUAAUGUAAAUGUACCCGGCAUGGGUGGUCAGAAUGCUCCUGCAACUCUUGGUGAUUUGAGCACGCAGCUAGGUAUCCAUAAUGCUAAUAGUUUAGCAGAGCAAAGCUUGGGCCAAAUACUUCAGAGACAUGAUGAGAUUCCUCAUAUUCCUGGGCCAGCAACUCUUCCAGUCACCACCCAGUUGCAGAACGUUACAUCCUCAUUCCCUUUGAAUAGCCAUGUGCAACAAAACAACUUCCCUGUUCAUCAGAACAGGCAAGAGCAAUUUGUAGUUCCACAAGCAGCUGCAAAUAACUCAACUCCCAGCAUGCAGGGCCAGCUGGUUGCUCCUCAUAUGGGCCAUGGCCAACAUGGCUAUGGUCUAGAGCCACAGGCACUGCCAAAUUCCGCUGCGCAUAAUGGACAUAAUUUCAGUGCUGCCGGUCAAGUUCCACAGAAUCUUCCAACAACCGUGCUUGCUGGGCAGAGUCAGGCAACAGUUGACAUUCCUAGGCUGAGUCAAGACAGUGGUUCUCAAAGCAUACAAAACAUGCAGAAUUUCCAGCCAGUUGCUCCAAAUAUGCAAAAUCAAUCCUUGCAAGGUUUACCUCUUGUGCCAACUUCCAGCUCAACUGAUAUGGUUGGAGUUCCUGUUUCUCACAAUGCAGCAAAAAGCGAAGAAGUUAGCCGUGUUACCGCAUCCUUGGCACAAUACUUUGGAAACACAGCUUUUGGUGCUGGUACAGGAUUGCAGUCAUCACAGCCUAAUGUUAAUUCAAGCCUCAUGGCCAAUUCAUCUGAUGUACCUCCAUCUGUUCAGCCUAAUCAGUGGCCCUGGACGCAGCAACAAACAGGCUUAGUCCAGUCUGGUCUCUCUGUUCCGUCUGAGCAGCAGCAGCAGCAUGCUCCUCAGACAUUCCAGAUGCCAAUUGCCGUCAGUAGUAGUAAUGGCAAUUCUAUGCUCUUACCUCAUGCAGGUGCGCCAUCGGGUCCUCCUGCUGCUGCUGUUGCUGCUGCUUCGGUUGUCAAUGAAACUGUGCCUCCAGAAAGUAAGAAAGGAGAGAACAAAGAUAGUGACGCUGAGGCUCAUGAAGACGGUGAUAAUAAGAAGAGCAAAGACUCCAAACCACUGAAGAUGUUCAAGGUUGCACUUGCGGACUUUGUGAAGGAAGCACUGAAGCCUACAUGGAAAGAGGGUCAGAUGAGCAGGGAGGUCCAUAAAACCAUCGUCAAGAAGGUUGUAGACAAAGUUACAAGCACGGUGGAAAAUACGCCUCCAACAAAAGAGAAGAUCGAGAUCUACAUGUCCUACUCCAAAGACAAACUAAAUAAACUCGUACAGGCAUACGUUGGCAAGUAUGCCAAGGCGUAACAUUUCACGAAUAACAUUGUGACGAGAGUUCUCUGCCUGAAGUUGAAAUUACUAGAAAGCGCCACAUCUGUGGUUCGAAAUGUCUAGGGAGAUUCUGUGAAGUAGUGGCCCUUCACCCCUGCUAUUGCUUGCGGUUUGAGAGUUUAGUGUGUUGGUUGGUAGACACGUGGUGCCGCUGCUAGCGCGCGGUGGCACCAACACCACACCUGUAACUUUUGUAGACGAUUGAUUUAUCUGAAGAUCGAAACUUUAUGUAGCGAAGUAUGCAAAGGUUCGGAUGGUUUUCAUGAACAGGAAGCAAUUUACAUGCUGUGGUGUGUUUUGUGCUCACCA